AUGUUCUUCAUCAAGCCGCGAGGCUAUAAGUCCAGGCUCGAACGCACUGAUCAGCUCCUCCCAAUAUGCCCUCGCCCAGCGCUUCUACCACGACGCUACUUCGACACUGAAGCCAGCCCGCUUCAGACAGCAAGGAAAGCCGAAACUGCCGAGGAGUUCCUCAAAUGGCUCAGAACCGCCCCUGCGGGAACGCUUGUUGUAUACUCCGAUGGGUCGCAACUGCCAAACGGAUCCGGAUCGGGCCGGCUAGGUCCGGCCGAAGUCUUUGACGCGGAGGCAACCGGGGCCCUAGAGGGCCUGCGAGCCGCUAUCCGCCUGGCCGAGACUGCGACAAGCAGCAUCAUAGUCUGCACUGAUAACCUAGCAGUGGCCACUUGUCUGCAAGGCAAUCCAGCCGAUUCAUCGCAGGACAAGUUUACCGAAUUUCAGGGCCUGACAAGGGCACACGGAGACGUGCAGAUCCGCUGGAUCCCAGGUCAUGCCAACAUACCGAGCAAUGACGAGGCCGACGGCCUCGCCAAAGCAGGAUGCUUGCAACCCGAACCACCAGGGGCCAUGCCAUCCCUGGCACACCUGCGCAGACUGGCCAGGCAACAACCGAAAGACGCUUUCCACACAUGGUGGGCCGUCGAGGCGCCAGUGUCAUACAGACCUCUAGACCUCGAAGCCACCACAAGUUGCCCUCUGGAGCUCACGCUGUCAAGAGCGACGCUCCACAACCUUCUUGCCGCAAGAUCUCGGCACGGAGACUUCUCCGACUACCACGAGCGUUUCGACCAUGACGAUGCGAGUCUGGACUGCUCAUGCGGACGACGCAAGACGCCAGAACACCCCUUCUACUGCAGAAAGAUACCGCCUCGGCUCCGGAUGAGGCUGAUCCCCUCACCGGCCGAAGCGAUACACCAUGCGGUAGGCAAGGGCUUCAAAGCCUUCGUCGCGAUGACAUCGGAAUGCUCCUUCUUCCAAAGGAUCUGCCCGCGCCAUUAG